GAGUCUGUUCGCUCAAUCUCCCCCAGAGAGCGUCAAGUGGCCUCCUGACGACGAUGAUGAAGUUACAAUCAGGAUCAGGAUACAGUGGCGGGAUUGGUUGGAUAUCUCUGUUGUUUCUGAUAUUGCGACUGAAGAAGAGUUUGUUAUGCGCGGGGAAAAGUAUGUCAGAAGGGGGCAAAAUGUUUCUGAUAUGGAAAAAGGACUGCUCGUGGGCACUUCCAUCUCCUGGUCUCAUGAGACUCCCGUCAGCAAAAUUACUUCAAAAGAAGAAGACAGGAGAACUUGGCAGGCUGGUAUCUGCAAGGUGCUACCUAGCUCAGGAUCCGACGAAGCUCUCCAGCUGGCCAAAUCGUGGCUCGAUAGCUGCCGUGAGAGACAUCCGAAGUGUGCAGCAACUACGCCGCAUUUCCUACCAUCUCGAGUGAUAGCGUUGCAAGGCCAGGAUUCCUCGCGCGUUUAUCUCAAAGAAACAAAGGGUAUUGAAGGUGAAUACGCUGCGUUGAGCUACUGCUGGGGCCCAGGCGGACCGGGCCUCAUCACGACGAAAGACAAUUACCGGAACCACCAAAACUUUGGCAUUUCAAUCAGCGAUCUUCCAGAAACGAUUAGAGACGCAGUUCAUGCUGCAAAAAUCUUGGGACUAGGCCAUCUCUGGGUUGACCGGCUCUGUAUCGUUCAAGAUUCUGUAGAGGACUGGGCCCACGAAGCGGCUCUCAUGUGUGCGGUGUACUCUGGCGCAACACUCACACUGAGCGCCGAUGGGAGCAACGCAGCUACCCAGGGUCUCUUCCAGUCGGACCAAACCCUAUCUACGCUCGACUACAAGACGUACUACGAUCCCGGAGGUGAUAAUCUAGUCUACAUCAAGCGGUCAAGCCACGCGUCCCUGUCUGGCCGGGCGUCAGACAUGACCCAGCCAAUCGACCAACGCGGGUGGACAAUGCAAGAACGCCUGAUGAGCCCUCGAGUCCUGCAUUUCACCGAGGAAGAAAUGGUAUGGGAAUGCAACACCCUCACAGAGUGCGAAUGCCGCCGCGAAUCCAACAUGUCAACUCGAGAACUAGCGCCUAGCGGUAUUACCAGCCGAGAGGGGCUGUACGAACACUGGCGACAUAUUGUGCGCGAAUACGCCAAACGAUCUCUCGCGUACGAGACAGAUAAGAUGCCAGCUCUCCGAGGUCUCGUCGAAAAGUUCCAGCGCGUCAUGCAGGAUGUCUUUGGCGAAGAUACUGAUGUUAAAGAUGAGUACUUGGCCGGACUCUGGAAGAACGAUUUGGUUGAGGGGCUUGC